AUGAUGAAACUUUCCUUUGUGUCUACGUCGUCGCUUCUUGUGGCAACCACGCUCUUGAUCUUGUCCACCAACAUGUCGGUGGUGGAUGCCAAGCUGAUGCCAUUCUUGGAUCCUUUUGCAAAGGAGGUUGGCUCUGUUGGUGCUGCUGUCGAUGGAGGACGAUCGCUGUCCCAGCAUGAAACCUUUGAACAGCAUGCUCAAGAAAUGAAGAAGCUUUUGAACAAGCGAAGGAUGGAAGCAACUCGUCGCGAACUUGAAAUGAAACGACGACUCAAGGCUGGUCAUCCUGCUGCUGCUGCUGCUGCUGCUAUCGAUGCUACUACAACUACUGCUACCACCACCACCACCACUACUACCAAGGAAGCUAACUUUCAUCGAGCCUUAUCUACCAAGAAGAGUGCAAUGGCCAUGGAAGGUACCAAAGGUUCCAAAAAGUAUUCUACCAGCAGCAGUGCCAAGAGUGGAAAAGGAUCCUCCAGUUCGAAAGGAAAGGGAGGCAAAGGUACCAGCAAGUCCUCCAAAAAGUCCUCCAAGAGAUCCAGUAGCAGCAGCAGCAGCAGCAAGGGUGACAUGGUCACAAAAACCCAACCACCGACGAGUUCUCCUCCUACUUCCUCCCCUACCAUGUUGGCAUCAUCUUCUCCUACCAUCAUGAUGACAGAACCUCCAACGAUGAUGAGUGAAGAUCAAGGUCCUAUUAGUGGCGACACUAUGCCCAUAAGCGAAGACGAAGGCCCCAUCAGUGGCGACGCUAUGCCAGUGAGUGAAGAUGCUGCACCUAUUGUCAGUGAAGACGAAGGCCCCAUCAGUGGCGACGCUAUGCCAGUGAGUGAAGAUGCUGCACCUAUUGUCAGUGAAGACGCAGGUCCUAUCAGUGGCGACGCUAUGCCAGUGAGUGAAGAUGCUGCACCUGUUGUCAGCGAAGACGCAGGGCCUAUCAGUGGCGACGCUAUGCCAGUGAGUGAAGAUGCUGCACCUGUUGUCAGUGAAGACCAAUUUCCCGCGAGUGAAGACUACCGGGCACCUGCCAUUAGUGAAGAUGAGGAAGGCCCCAUCAGUGGUGACAUGGCAAAUAGUAGUGACGGUGGAGCACAAGGUGGCGGCGAAGAUGACACUGCUGAUGAUUCGGAUGCGGCAACUGAUGGUGAAGAUGAGCCAUCCACACCAGGAGACAGCCAAGGGUCAGAUCAAGAUGGCACUGCUGAUGAUGCCGAUAGCAACGGCGGUGGUGGUGAGGAUCAAGGCGGCGUUUUCGACAAUAUUGGUGAGGAUGUCAUUGAUGAUGAAGACGAAACUGAAGAUGAAGAACCUGUAGAACAAGAAGUCGAGACCCUUACAGACAUGUGGGAAUUUGCAAUGGUCCGAACCACAGCUGAAUCCACUGACUCGCCAGAAAACUUCCACAUGACCAGUGUUGUCGCCAUGGCGGGGGCCAUUUACGACUAUUCUCCCGAAGGAACCAUCAAUACAGAUGAGGCCGUUGGCGAUUUUAGUGCGACUUGUAUUGUCACCAGCAUGAAUCACGACGUUCUUUGCACCUACAAGGUACAUCUCGCAACUCCAGGUACAUUUGGUAUUGGGGAGUUUAUUGCUCGAGGACACGUCCAAGAUCACCAAACGGAGAACUUUGCCUUGGUGACUGGAACCGCCUUUGACUGGUCGCAGUAUACCAAGGGAGGAUCUUUGACCAUGCAACCAAAUCCAGAAGAUCCUUUGACUUUGGUGUGUUCCUUGACGCUACGGUACCCCAAGGAUGCCGUCACCAAUUAG